CAUCCACGUCGUGCUUGUGUGUACUGUCAAAAAACCCAAAAACAAAUAGGUUCGCCCGUUUUCAAAUUUAAAAACGAAAAAAGAUGCAGGCAGAGGCGGGAGGGUGGCUUUUGCAGCACAUACACAGGAGUGAUCUGUGUAUAAUAAUUAGGAGAGAGGAGACUCGAAUUGGUCGUAACCGACAGUGCGAUUUUCCUAGUAGAAACAUAAAUGUCUCCAGAGAUCAUGCUGUAUUUAUCACAUCCAAUGGGAGGCUGUACGUAAAGGAUAAUAGGAGUGCCAAUGGUACAUACGUUAAUUGUAUCAGAAUCCAACCAUUUUUUAAUAGAGAAAUAUUCCAUAAUGACGAAGUAGGAUUAGGAUUACAUAGCCAAUUAGAAGUGGAGUUACCAGAGCUAUCCUCCAAUGGAGGUAGCCUCCAUAGUGAGAAUUUAAUUUUUAUAGUAAAACAUGUACCGCCUUCUGGCGACAUGGAGAGCACUAGCUCAUUGGUUAAUGAUAUUCAACAGCGAAUAAACGAGAUGGAGAAUAGCAGUUCCUCCAAACCCAAAAGUCCAUCUGCCCAUCAGAAUGCGGAAGAGCUCAUGCGAAUAUUGGGUGGAAGUCAGUAUGAUAAUGGCGAGUUGCCUAUGAAUUGUGAACAGAAUGCAAAUGGGGAAACGCCCCACACACUACAAAAACCUAUUGUUGAAAGUGCUUUGCCCGAUUCGGCAAGUAACUGUGGGAAUAUCACUAGCAAUGGAGUUUUUAACACAAGGACACUAGGUUCCACCCACUGUCUUCCAACAUCUUCAACUAGUCCCACAUUAAAUUCACCAAACUCCACUUUGCGAAAUGCAGGAGAUCUGAGGUGUGAUGUGGUUUCCAGCACAAGUAAUAAGGACGAGAACGGCCAACACCAAAAUGAGGAAUGCGGGAUUGUCAAAAUGGAGACGACUGAAAAUGAACCAAUCGAGGACGACUACAUUAUUAUUUCUGAUGAUGAAACUUAUUCUCAGCUGAUGGAUGGUGUUUGCCCAAACACGAUUAGUGAAAACAAAGAAACUGGUGAAGACUUCAAUGACAACGUGUUUAGCGCAAUAAAAAAAGAAUUGGAAGCGUAUGACGCAUACGAUGUGCCCUAUGGUACUGUUGUCAGUACUGUGUGUAUAAACGAUGAAGACAGUCAGAUGAAUUUUGAUAGUUGGUUAGAAGACGAUAACGAAAACAGAGAAGAACCUAGUAAUGAAAAUGCAGAGAAAGCCAUUGGUGAAGAUCGACAAGGACCUACUGCUGAAAACAGAGAAGAACCUGUAGUAGCAGAAGAAGCUACUAAUAUGGCUCAAGAAGAUCCCAAUAAACACACGAGUACAAAAAGCACAACAAGAGAUACGAAUAAGAGUCAGAGUGCUAAAAGAAAAGAAAAUGAGAAAGAGCACGCGGUCGUAAAAAAAAUAAAAACUUCCACUUUCUAUAAAACACCACAAGAACGGCGGCCAAAGGUCGAUAGAAAAGACCAAAGGCGGCAGCGGUUAAAAGAAAUUGCUUUGAAAACUGCUGACAAUAAAGAAAAGGAGAAUAUCCCCAAAGUAAGGGCCGCCAAAAAGGUGAAAGUAUCCGAGGGGCGAGGAAACUUCUUGAUCGAACCUGACGUACCGUCGACGAGUAAAGGCCCAUCAGUUCAAAGUGAGGUUCAAACGUCGUCAGAUGAUAGAAAGUUUGUCAUACCCAAAGUGCAGAAGAGAACAGUGCCAAUAAUACCGCCGCACAUUGAAAAGAAUAGGUUGAAGAAGGUUAAUCCAGUUGCAGAAGCCCCGGCGAGUAAGCCAGUGGUAGAGGUACCGCACUGUCUCAGACCUUUAAACAAUUGCCAUAAAAAUCGAGAGGGCAGUAUAAUCUUGGGCAGGAAUUCUGAUAUUGAGUAUGCUGUAAAGGAGAUGCUGCGCUGGAAUCCUUACUGGUUUGUCGAAUUUAAAAAGCAAAAUAGUGUACCAAAACAGGUGUGCCAGUGUGACUUACAAAGGAUGCCAAAGUGGUUUUCGUCAUAUCAACAAUAUUGCAAUGUAGUUACGCCCCCGAUGUUGAUGGAAUUAUGGGCUUUUUUAUCCAGAGAGUAUGAACUAGCCAAUGAGCAAAAAAAAUCCCAUAAAUUCUCUGCUUUACUAACAGACGUGAAGAUAUCUUCUGACCUGACUGCGCUACAUUAUACGACAUACAUCGAUCGAAAGCAGUACGACAGCCCAUACGUUAAGGAAGACGAUAUUCUAAUUAUUAGUUACGAGCGGGAAGUGAAGAAUAAACGCGGAAAUCAUUUUGCUUUAGGUCUGGUAACGAGAUCUACCAAAACUGCAUUACAUCCAAACACUUGUAUCAACAAGUCUUUUGCAGACAGUAUUCACAUAGUUCCGUUUGCGUCCAUCAACAUUCACAUCACAAUCACCUCUGUUAAAGGAACGAUUUUGCGUGGUGUGAAUGCACUCCGUAACGUCGCCUCGGUUGUACCCGCAUUAAGACUGUUUAAAUCCGUUCAGGGUAUGAAACAUUCCGCGCUGCUGUCUCACAUUUUGCAUCCCACCGAGAAACUUUACAGUAUAGGACCUUUGCCGCAGCAAACACUGUAUUGCAAGGGAGAUUUAAACAUGUCCCAACAAGCUGCGGUAUUAGAAGCUAGUUAUAUCUGCCAAAGGAACUCUCCCGGCGUGUACCUCAUUCAGGGCCCGCCUGGGACCGGAAAAACGACUGUUAUAUUAAAUAUUUUGCAACAAAUUUUGUUUGAUCCCAAUUACACGCCGCAAAAGUGUAUUUUGAUACUCGCGCCGUCCAAUGCAGCUGUCGAUGAAUUGGUCGCGAGGAUUUCUAUCUUAAAGGACUCUAUGAGAAGAGAUCUGAAACUAAUAAGGUAUGGUCCUUACCACAUGAUCAACUGUAAGGUGCAGAAACAUUCCGUAUUUGAACUUGCAAAACGAAAUACUCAGAGUGAUCUGUGGCACUCAGUCCCCGAAGCAGAUAAAGAAAUACUACACAGUUUGAAAAAACAUGCAGCACGUUUACAGGACUUAGCCAUAAAGAAAUCCAGCGACGCUGCUAUUAAAGAAAAAUAUUCAAACGCCAAAAUGGAACAUAAUAAAAAGUGGCAGCGAGUAAUGGGACAAGGAUAUACUAAUCUUUUGAGGAAAUAUGAAAGGCAACUGUUAGGCGGAGCUGAAGUUGUGUGUACCACACUUUCGAGUAGUAUUCGAAUAUCGGGCGAAGACGUGUUUCGAGGGAAAGACGACGUAUUUAGUUUUUGUAUAGUGGACGAGGCAACUCAAGGGAACGAACAAGAAACUCUAAUGCCCUUAAAGUUGGGCGUAAGCAAACUGAUUUUGGUGGGCGAUCCCAAACAGCUACCCGCCGUUACGCAAACACGAGACGUGAAAAAUUGUGGAUACGGCGAAUCCUUAUUUUCCAGAAUCAUGGCCAAUUUUCCCAGUGAUAGGAAUCCAGUUCGUUUGCUCAACGUACAAUACAGGAUGAAUCCGGAGAUAAGCGCGUUUCCAAAUAAACACUUUUAUGGCGGUCGUUUGCAAGAUAGCGAGUCUGUAAGCAAACGGACGAAUAUCUUUAAGAAUCUUCGCCCUUACAUUGUGUUCAAUCUUGAUAUGGACAGUAUUGUUAAUAGUCAGGAAUAUGUCAGUAAACCUGAAACUUACUGCAUUAUAAAACUAUUGAAUGUGAUAACAAAAUAUUACAAACAUGAUUACUCAAUUGGAAUAGUAACACCUUAUAAUAAUCAAAAAGCUGUUAUCAACAUGCAUUUAGAAAAGAUAGAUUAUCGACCAUGUAUCACUGUAAGUACCGUGGACAAUUUCCAAGGUCAGGAGAAGGAUAUUAUCAUUAUGUCAUGCGUCAGGGAGAAUACUAACAAUUUCUUAAGCGACGAACAAAGAUUGAAUGUAGCAAUGACAAGAGCCAAGUAUGCUUUAAUUAUAAUUGGUUCUUCCAGUUUAUUUGCGACUUGCGCUAUGUUUGGGAGCAUCAAGGAGGACGCGUGUAGAAGGAAGCUGUUUGUAGAUGUAUUUCCGAAUACAUCUGAAUCCCAGUUGUUGAAACAUCUUUUAAUUGCAAAGUGACCAUACAAUGAUUUUAGUUCUUGAAUUUUUCUGUUUGUAAGCAUUAUCUCGUAUGUAAGUAAAAAGUGCCUGAUCUCGUUGUUGUAUGUAAAAGUUUUCAAGUAUAGUAAGGUAUCUUUCAAAAAUGUGGAACCAUUAUUUAGUUGAAAGUAAUGUUACAUAAACUUGUAUUUUUUUUACAUUGCAAAAUAUAGUUUAGUAAUCUUCCUAUACAAAUAAUCUGUGAUUAUCGCUAAGUUUUUACUUAUCUCCAAGGGUACGAAAUAGAACCUAAA